AUGACCAUGACCUCGGCGAGUCACUUUGUCUUCCGUAAUGGCAAGUUCUUCCAGGCCAGCAAGCCUACUGAUGGAAGCAAGCCCGAGGCCACAUUCGCUGAGGCUCUCGUCAUCAAGGAUGGCGUGAUCACCUUUGUGGGCGAUGCUGGUGCCAAAGAAGUGACAGCAGCUCUAGACGGAGGCGCAAAGCAGCGCGAUGUACAAGGGCGCCUUGUUGUCCCUGGUUUCUUCGAUGGACACGUUCACUUGGCAAUCCUGGGGCAGUCCCUGAACAAGCUGUCGCUCAAGCACUGCAAUAACCUGGAAGACAUACGCAAGGCAAUCAGGGAGUACGCCAGAACAAACCCGGAUCAAAAGCGCAUCUUCUGCCGUGAAUGGAUGCACUCAAUGACACCCGAGGGCGCGUGUGCGACAAUGCUAGAUGACCUUGAUCCCAAGGGCAGACCUAUUCUGAUCACAACGAAGGAUUUACACUCAACAUGGGCGAACAGUGCGGCACUGGCCGAGCUCAAGCUGGACGACGAGCCAGACCCGCCAGGCGGCAAUAUUGAACGCGACCCGGAGACAGGAAAGCCUAGUGGUGUAAUUGCUGAGGCGGCCAACAUGAAAUUCAUCCGGCCAUACAUGGCGAGUAUACAAACAAUGGACGAUCGUGUGAAGGCGAUCAAAGCUGCGAUCACAGAGUACAAUAGCGCGGGCUACACUGGUCUGAUCGAUAUGGCAAUGGACCCCGAUGGCUGGGAUGCAUUACAGGAGUACCGUAAACGGGAGAAGGCCGCCGGCAGGACGAUACCAAUGCGCAUGGCAAUCUACUGGCUGAUACUGCCAAAGGACACGGAUGCUGAGCAUAUUGCGCAAGUCGAGGAGGCAGCGGAACUAGCCAAGGAGUUCAGCCAGGAGACCGACCCGGAGUGCCGUGUAGUAGGAAUCAAACUUGUGUGCGAUGGCAUCAUCGAUUCGUGCACAGCCAGCUUGAAGGAACCAUACAGCCACAAUCUGGGAACCACCGAGCCCGUGUGGACACCGGAGAUGCUGGGACCCGUUGUCGAGUGCGCCACGAAGCACCGCCUGCAGCUUGCCUUACACGCAAUUGGAGACAGGACAGUAGGUAACGCCAUCGAUGCUCUCGAGAAGUAUGCCGACCCGGCUUUGCGACCGCGCAUUGAGCACCUAGAGAUAACCACCGAGGAAGAUGCCCGGCGACUAGGUAAGCUGGGCAUCACCGCCUCAAUCCACCCAGUGCACGCGGACCCGGCCAUCAUCCGGGCAUGGCCCAAGCUCAUCGGCGAGCACCGGUGCGGCCGGGCCUUUGCCUACCGCGAAUUCGCCGACGGUGGGGCCCCGCUGGCCAUCGGGUCCGACUCACCCAGCGCGCCUCAUCAGCUAAUACACAACCUCUACGUCGCCACGAACCGCCGGUCAGCCCGUGAGCCGGAGCUCCAGACGGUCAUUAACGGUCACUUUGCUUUGACGCUGUGCGAGACGGUGUCCGGCAUGACCGAGGGCGCGGCGCGGAGUUGCUUCUCUGAGGACCAGGUCGGAACGCUCGAGGUGGGCAAGCGGGCAGACCUGGUUGUCAUGGACAUGGAGUGGGAUCCGAAGAUGGUGCUGCAGAGCAGGGUGGUCGAGACUUGGUUUGAUGGAACGCAGGUCUACGCCGCCUCCCAGCAGCAUAUAUAA